AACCCUUGCACCGCCGCCCCGUUCUGAUGGGCCGAUCUCCUUUGGGCAGGUGGCCCGGGGGAUGAAGGCUCCUGUGAGUGGUGCGCAUGCUGUCCGCCCCCCACCCGCUGGUUUCGGCUCCCCACAGCCAGGGUGCCUUGUGGGGUGUGCCUCGGUGCCCAGGGGCCCAGCACGACAGGGUUCCUGACAUGAUUCCCACGGCAGUCUCGCAGAGCCGCCAGGUACGGCGCCAUGGCUGGCUCCUGUCUCUGGCGUCGAAACAAACUUAUUUAAAGAACAGUCCGGCCAGGGGCAAACAUGGGACUAUGGAUAAAUAGUACGCGCCCCUAACGGUGUCUAAAAAAAAAAAGUCGACCGUACUUCUCAUCGUCCGCGUCGACUUGUCCACCUAACCUAAUAAUACGAGCCGAUACGCGAGCCGCGCGAACUGACCAUGUAUUCUUUCAAGGACGUCCUCCGGGGCGCCUCUAUGGCCGCUGUCGCCCUGCUGACGACGCUUGGCCAGGCGCAGGACGCCGGAAGCCAGCUGUCGAUCCGCUCGCCGCCCGUCAACUACACCAACGUGCUGAUUCCCCAGCGCGCCGACCCCCACAUCGUCAAGCACACGGACGGCAACUACUACUUCACCGCCACUGUACCCGAGUACAACAAGGUCAUUGUGCGUCAGGCCACCACCAUCCAGGGGCUGGCCACCGCCCGCGAGGUUGUCGUCUUCGACCGCGCAAAGUCCAAGGCCGGCGUCGGCUUCGUCUGGGCUCCCGAGCUGCAUCUGAUCGAUGGCAAGUGGCACAUCUACUUCGCCCUCGGCCGUCAGGCCCCCUUCGACAUCCGCAUGUUCGUCAUCGCGGCCGACGGCCCCAACCCCACCACGGCCACGUGGUCCGAGAAGGGAUUCAUCACGACCGACUUCGACACCUUCUCGCUCGACGCCACCACCUUUGCCGUCGGCGGCACCCGCUACCUUUGCUGGGCUCAGGCCGACCCGAGGUUCGAGAACGGCGCCGGAACCAGCCUGUUCCUGGCCCCCAUGAUCGACGCCGUCACCAUCCAGAAGCCCGCCAUCGUCAUCUCGCGCCCCGACCAGCCCUUUGAGCGCAUCGGCUUCCUGGUCAACGAGGGCGCCUACGUCAUGGAGCGCAACGGCAAGCUCUUCCUGACCUACUCGGCCAGCGCCACCGACUCCAACUACGCCAUGGGCCUGCUCACGGCCGACGUCAAGGCAAACCUGAUGGAUCCUAAGAGCUGGGUCAAGAACAAGGGCCCCAUCUUCAAGACCAACGACGCCACCAAGGGCUUCGGCCCAGGCCACAGCGCCUUCACCGUGUCCGAGGACGGCAAGUCGGACGUGCUCGUUUACCACGCGCGCAACUUCAAGGACAUCAAGGGCGACCCGCUCAACGACCCUAACCGCGCCACCCGCGUCCAGAAGCUGUACUGGCGCCAGAACGGCACCCCCGACUUUGGCGUCCCCGUCGCCGAGGGCCCCCACCCCAUGCGCCUGCGCAACGCCGCCGACCAGAACCUGUACAUCCACCACGAGGGCGUCGGUAAGGCCGUCACCCUGGACGGCACGGGCGCGGUCCAGGACACGCAGUUCCGGGUCCUGUCCCCCGGCCUCGAUGGCUCCGACGGCACCGUCAGCUUCGAGUCGGCCAGCAACCCCGGCACCUUCCUCCGCGUCAUGGGCACCGGCCUCCAGCUCGUGGCCCAGAGGGGCGCCGACGCAAACUUCUCCCAGGAGGCCUCGUUCCGCCAGGUCACCGGCCUCGCCGACCGCGCGGGCGUCUCGUUCGAGUCGGUCUCGGCGCCCGAGCGCUUCAUCCACGGCGGCGUCAACGGCCCCGCCCAGGUCAGCUUCGUCUCGGGCACUGCCCAGGAGCGCCAGUCCACCUUCUUCUUUGAGUAAGGGGCGGACGCCGUUUGAUGGGGCUGGGACAGGUUGUAGGAAAAGAAAGAAAAGAAAAGAAAAGGGCCAGGGAGAGAUUGCAAAACAGGGCAAGCACGGCAGCAGCAGCGGGAAGCAACAUGUCAGUCACGAGGUCAACGAAUCGUGUGGGCGCGGACGCAUCAUCAUCAAACAAAACAAAACAAAACACACAUAUCAACAUCUCGACGGGGUUCGAAAUGCAAAGCGUGCCAGGACGCACCAGGCACCGCCGGCAGGAUCGCGCGCACAAAGAAAGACAAAGCAAUCAACCUGUACUUCUACUCGCCCUGGACACACGACGAGCAAGUGCUGCAAGGCUUCUCUCGCAAGGCGCUGGGUUUGUACCUUUUUUGUUUCUAGUUUUUUUUGGUGUGUAAGAUACCUUCUUCUCGAGUUCGCAGGGGUUCAUUUGUAUAUAGUUAAUCGUAAUCUGGCCCCUGACGACUCUGUUUAUUGAUGACUUUUUUUUCCUGUUCAUCUUGUCUAUACUGUUCAAAUUCAAACCGUCAAAAGUGCUCCUGAUUUUCCUGGGUUUCCCGUCCUAAUUCUUGAAU